CUGUCAAAUGUCACCAGGAGCACCGUAACGCCUGCCCUUCAGUGUUGAAGUUGUUCGCCACAUGCUAAGUUUCAGCGAGUCAGAGUCGGUACAGGUUUUCAUGCUGUAGUUAGGACUUUGGCUGCAAUGGAGUGUCGUGUGUUGUCCAUUCAGAGUCAUGUUGUCAGGGGAUACGUUGGGAACAAGUCGGCAACAUUCCCGCUGCAGGUGCUGGGCUUUGAAGUGGACUCCAUCAACUCUGUCCAGUUCUCCAAUCACACAGGUUACGCGCACUGGAAGGGACAAGUACUGACAGCAGAGGAGCUGAAUGUGCUGUAUGAGGGUAUCAAGCUUAAUAAGGUGAACCACUAUGACUACAUCCUCACAGGGUACAGCAGGGACACGUCCUUCCUGGAGAUGGUGGUUGACAUUAUUCAGGAGCUAAAGAGAGCCAAUCCCAACCUGGUGUAUGUAUGUGAUCCUGUUAUGGGAGACAAUGGUGCUAUGUACGUUCCAGAGAGCCUAUUGCCAGUCUACAAGGACAAAGUAGUGCCUUUGGCUGACAUCCUCACCCCCAACCAGUUUGAAGCAGAGCUAUUGACCGGUAGGAAAAUUAAGACAGAGGAAGAUGCUGUUGAGGUGAUGGACUUACUUCAUAAAAUGGGUCCAGAGACCGUGGUCCUCACUAGCACAGACCUGCCCUCGAAACAUGGGGACCAGUUCCUGGUGGCCCUUGGGAGCCAGAAAAUAGUGAAACCAGAUGGGACCAACACCAGUCAGAAAAUCUGCAUGGACAUCCCGAAAGUCAAUGCCGUAUUUGUGGGUACAGGAGACCUGUUUGCUGCCAUGUUGCUGGCCUGGACUCACCAUCACCCCAAGGACCUGAAGGCUGCCUGUGAAAAGACUGUGUCAGUGAUGCACCACGUCAUUAAGAGGACCAUUACUUAUGCCAAUGAGAUGGCUGGCCCUGGGAAAAAUCCCAGUCCUGCACAGUUGGAGCUGAGGAUGGUUCAGAGCAAAGCUGACAUUGAGAAUCCUGCCAUUGUAUUGGAAGCUAGGGUUUUACAAAAGCCUUCACACUGAAGGCAGUAAUGAUUUUGUGAACAUUCACAUUGUGCUGGUACAAAUCAAUUUCAGAUCUGGGUGGUCUUAAAGACACAUGUAGGAUUUUCACUUCAAAGACUGUUACAUGUCUCUGCCUUACAGAAUCUCUGUGGGACUACAACUGUUUUCAUGAGGGGGGUCAGCAGGACGUGUUGUAUGUACAUUCUGCUCACAAACACAUUGGGAUCACUGCCAUGUGUCUGUAUUAUGGCCUGUGUAGACAUCAUCUGCCCCUAAAAAGAAAAUAGGGCAUUAGCUAAUGUGUAAGUGUUCUUGAAUCAUACUCACUAUGGUUAAAACUGUUUCUUGCUACACAACAUUUCAUCUCAGUUAAGCUGAGCAGAAAGUCCACAAAACUAGUGAUGCAUGCAUGACCAUGCCUCUACUUGUUUUAGAUAUGAUAGUAAGUCAGCCCUCAUCACAUGUACUUAAAGUGUGUUUCUUACAUGGUGUUAUAAGCACAUCACUAUACUGUUUAUAUUCUUAUGAAAACAUAAUAUGUUAGGCUAGAAGUAAGACAUAAUGCAGAAGGAAAGGGGUUAAUAGCUUCUUUUGGCUGUUGAAUAAUAUAUAAAUAUAUAUAAAUAUAAAUAUAUAAAUGAUAUCAGAUCCACAGAGCAUUUUAUUGCAUUUUGAGUUUUCUGAAAUUAUUAUAAAGAAAUUCAUGCAUGCAGUUUGCUUAUAUUGCAUUUUGGUAUUUUAUCCUGCACUUUUAAUUCAGAGUGGAUGCAUUAUAAGUAUGGAGAUAUGUAUUGUAACGCUAUAUAGUUUCAUUACCCCAGUUUAUUUGACCUUGUUUAGUUUUUGAGAGAUUGUAACUUUACUGAUAAUCAUGGUAAUAGUUGAUGUCUAAAACCGUUCUUUUAAAUAAUUUUUUGAAAAUGUUUUUCACCUACUUUUUAAAUGAUGCAAUACUUUCUGAACUAGCAGAUGUAUAACAUGUUAGAUCCAUGUCUUAAACAUCUCAAAUUGAGGUAUUUGCACAGAUAAUCUUUAAUAUACUUACUAAUGAUCAUUGUUUUCAUUGUUGACUGUUGUCAUAUCAUAUCAAAUGAGUUGGUUAUGAGAGACCACGCUGUAAAAUAGCCUUAAGUUUAGAACAAAAAACAUUGGUAGUGAAUGUUUUUGUGUACCAAUGUAAUAGUUGAUCCUCACACACAAUGUAAGAAAAUCAAGUGCCAAACCUUGAGCUGCUGCUCUGAUAAAGAUUGAUAUAAUAACAGAAAUAAUAAAUGAUUAAUCUUUUACUGA